GUCACGUGAUACCGCGGAGCUCUUCAUCAGCCCAGCUCCCGAACUUGUCGCUCUACUCUGGACUGACGCUUUUCGGAGGUAAUCCAGGAUGUAUCAUUUAGUUGUUGUUUUCGGGCUGCUGGCGUUGGCCUCCAGUUUACCUUGUGACACUUCUGGAUCCAACCAUGAGCUGCUGCUUUCACUCAAUAAAGAUCUCCUACGCUCACUGGAGGGACGGGAAGGACUUCCUAAUCCCAGUGUCCACUUGGCAUUACGGCUAUCAGAACUCCACAACCUUUUAAAAGAGGGGGAGCAUUUAAAUAGACUGACAAGUCAUUUUCACAAUGACAUUCAAAGCUUCCUCACUGGCAAUCAACCUGUUGUUGGCCGCUUGGCAUUGUAUACUCUGGCCUUGAAGUCAUCUUGCUUUGACCUCAACACAAUCACCUUCACGGUAGGCGACAAGAGUGAGACUCUGCUGACACACCUCAAAAAGCAGAUGGAACAAGAGAAAGAAUACAUUACAUUCAGCCAACGCCCUUUGACCAACUAUUACCAGUAUUCAUUGGGUGUGCUUGCUCUCUGUGUGAGCGGUGUCAGGGUCAACAACCACGCUGUCAACAAACUCAUCAAGGCAGUUGAACAUGAGCACUUCACGCAUGGAGAUAGUGUGAGCAUUGAUACAUAUGCCAUGGCUGCAAUGGCCCUUCAGUGUGUGAACAAUUCAGAGAAUUCUUUUUGUAGUGCAAAGGAAUCCAGUUGCACUAUACACAAUGCUGCCGAGCUUGACACGGCCCUGGCCAACAUUAAACAGAAGUUGUUGGUCUCGCAAAGGGCUGAUGGUCAUAUUGGCAAUGAGUUCAGCACUGGCCUCGCCGUACAAGCUCUAAUAGCAAUGGGCAGCCCGGUGUCGGAGUGUGCCGCUUCAAUGGAAGCCAUGAGGAGAGAUGCCAGAGACAACAAAUACCACAACCCCAUGGCCAUAUCUCAGGCACUGCCAGCGCUGCAGCAGAAAUCCUACUUGAGUGUUCAAAGCAAGAACUGCAUCAAUGAAGACAACACGUUGGCGCUUGAGCCCACCGACCCUGUUACAGUGUUGCCCAGUAAAACCAAUGUGGCGGUGAUUGUGGAAGUGGUGACAUCAUCUGGGACAUCAAGUCCGUAUUCACUAGAUGUGCCCAAGGGAAGCUCUCUUUUGGAGACCCUUAACCUCCUCAAUGGAAAAAAUCUUGGCUUCACGUUUGAGACUGAGUCAAGCCAGUGGGGACCGUUCUUAAGUGUGGUGAAUGGAGAGCGGGCCAGACAGGGCGACCGCAGAUACUGGCACCUCGCCUCUGAUGGCACCGCUCUCACUGAAGGUAUCGGCGAUUUCAAAUUGAAAGUGGGCCAAAAGAUCACCCUCACAAACACAAGCUAUUAAUGGUGCCAUUGAUCAUGAGUGAUCAGUUUGGAACCAAAACAACUUUGAUUUUCUUCCAGUACAAUCAUAUGUAAAUUGCAUAAGUGAUUAAAUGCUUCUAAUGGCCCCUCAGUA